GUCAUUUCCGGUGGGUGCCAUGCCAUGCCAGCCUUGGCUUCAGCUGGUUCUGCUAUCAAACAAUUUGUUACCAAACCAAACGUGACCAAACUAGACGUGCUUUAGAGGGGACUAUGAGAACGUGACGUCCUUUAUCUCAACUAGAGUGUAAUAAUAACGUUGACGUUACUCUGACGGACGGAGUAAACAUAGCUACGUUGUUCUCUGUUACAAUGAGCUCCGUGCCGCUGAAGAGGUUCUACAAGGAGCUGCCGGUGUGCAUAGUGGAUGACCACCAUGAUGUGGUGGGUCAUAUUUAUCGUGCCAUUGCAUCAAGACACCUUCCACUGAAGGACAUAAAGAUGGUCCAUUUAGACUCCCAUCCUGAUCUGCUCAUCCCUGUCAACAUGCCCGCUGACACAGUCUUUGAUAAGGAGAAACUAUUAAGUGAGUUGAGUAUAGAAAACUGGAUAAUGCCCAUGGUCUAUGCUGGCCAUGUGUCAUGUGUGGCGUGGCUGCAUCCAUACUGGGCCCAGCAGAUCAGAGAGGGAGAGCACAGGAUGGCUGUAGGAAGAGACUCGUCCACCACCACCAUUAGGGUGACCAGUACAGACAACUACUUCCUCAGCGAUGGUCUGUACGUGUCGGAGAAGCACCUAGAGAACUCUAAACCGCUCUGGCUGAAUGUGGUCAAAGUCAAUCCUGUUAAACCAAGUCCUGGGCCACUUCCAGAAAAGAAAAGUGAAGAGGACGCCGCGAGACGGUUUGCCAAGAGGCCCCGUACAGAGUGCAGUAAAGCCGGGGAGGCCAGCUGCUCCGAGGCCCCCUUCAGAUGCACCGACACACUGCAACCACCAGAGGGCACCACUGGGGCGAGUUUGGGUGACGAUGAUGAUGAUGAUGAUGAAGGAUCCACCAGUUAUGUCGUUAAGGGAAUAUCUGCGUUUCUAAGCGAGACCGAGCCAUACAUCUUGGACAUUGAUUUGGAUUUCUUUUCAUGUAAGAAUCCCUUCAAGGAAUUAUACACACAGGAAGAGUACACCAUCCUUAAGGAGCUCUACAACUUCAGGGGACCCAGGCCUGAUGCUGCAGAGGAGGAGCUUGAUGAGUGUGUGGAUUUCCGUGUACGUCAGUUAGAAGACCUGGAAGCGGCAUUCGCUGAUCUGCUAGAGGACGAUGGGGAAGAGACGGUUACACGCUGGGCCAGCAACCCUGGCAUGGCUUCAUUAGCCCAACUGGUUUCCAGUUUGAAGUCAAGGAAUCUGUGCCCGGACUAUGAAAUGGUCCAUCAGGCGGGGUUAACCUGUGACACCGUGGAGCUGCCUCACCACAUCAGCACCGACGAGGAGAUCGACAGACUCAUCUCGGCGGUACAGCUGUGUCUGAAGGCUCUGCCCAAACCGACACUGAUUACUAUGUCCAGGUCCAGUCUGGAUGAAUACUGCCCGGUAGAGCAGGUGGAUUCGGUCCAGAGCCGAGUACUGGCGGUACUGGAGAGCCUGUACGGAGCACUGGACUUACACAAAGACUACGAAAACAGCAGCACAGAGACUCAGGACUGUCAACCACAGGCCUCCUAACACACACACACACACACACACGUGUCAUUUUUGGAUUGGAUUUACAGUUUGAUAAAAAAAGGACACGUCAGGGGCUGUUUGUUUCAAUGAAUUCAUGUUAUAUGUUAACAUUAGAAGUGGCCAUAGAUGUUGUAAUACUUGUCAACAAAUAACGUGUGCAGACUCAAACCACUGAACGAUAUUGAAACCCAUUUGAGAGCGAGUAUGUGUCUAUGACAUUAGGAUGCCCCCAGCAGACUGAUGAAUGAAAUGAUUUGGGUUCUUUUUUUAUCCGUUUUUGUAACCUGGCAAUAUUGUUCCAGUUCAGUUUUUCUUGAAGAUCUUAGUUUUUAUUUAGUUUCCUUUUACUAAAAAUAAUUCGUACCGCUUAUUUUCGUUUUACAGUAGUUUACUGCACCAUCUAGUGGAUUGAAAAAGCAAUUGAUUGUAUUAUUUUAGUACCAAAAAAAGUUAAAUUCUCGUGCAAUUUAUAUUUCGAUACUUGGAAUCUGUGUAUCAGUAUUGCCACGGAAGAUACUGCGAUACUAUGCUGUAUAGAUAUGUUUUUUUUUACCCCACCUCUACUCCUCACCUGUACACUGAACGUUGUGUAAAAUCAGUUAUGUGCUCCUUUACUAUUGUUUUACACCGUUUUGUGAAAAAAGUAUACAAAUGGUAGCUAUGACUUUUUGUUUUAUAUAUUCUACUGUAAGUAUAACCAGUGCAUUUUAACUACACAUGGCCAGAAUCUUUUUGUUCUUCUUUUUAAAUAAAGUUUACAAAAUUCA